AUGAAGUAUUUUGAUCAUGUAAUUCAAUUUUUAUGAUUUGUAUUAAUUAAAAUAUUUUUUUUAUUAUAAUAAUUAUCAAAAGUCAUUCUAUAUUAUUUUUCUAAGUUUUCUUCAAUAAUCAGUUUAAUCUCACAUAUAUAUUAAUUAAUGAUAUACUAAUUAAUGGUAAUAAUUAUAAUGGCAAUAAUUUAAUUUUGGAAAUUUGCUUUAAUUGUACUUAAUUUUAUGAGAGUGAUUAGGUGACUGUAUUUGAUAAAAUAAAAAACUAAACUAGAUUAUAUGAUGACAGUUUAUAGUGGAAAAGAGCUUGGGAGCCUAUUACAACACGGUGGUUGCCCACCUUUUUGACAAAGACAACGCUGGUCAAGAUGAUCCACUUGGCAGGUAUUGUUAUUUGUAACAUGUACAAUUUUCCAGGCAUAGAAUGCAUUUGAAAAUUUUUAUACAAUUAGUUUAGAAGGACGUUCUAUAUUUAAAAAAAAUGAAGUUGUACUACUAUUAUGGUGCAUGUUACUGAAAAAGAUGUUUAAGAAGACAUGGUAAAAUUAUAUUAUAAGUAUAAUAUAAAAUAUAUGUGCCUUUUGCAAUUAUAGUAAAAUGACAACUUCUGUCACCCCAUGACUCUUUUCAUUUCGUUAUUAAUUCUACGUUAAUAUUAAUUGGUUUUAUAAAGCAUUUUCUUAUUAUAUAAGAUAUUGCUUAUAUGACUAUGAAUGUAUAUAAUAUACAAAGAUUUAUUGCUUGUGAAACGGAUGUCAAAAAUCAAUAGUGUACAUAUGUUGUUAUUGCAUGACUGCUUUAUAAUAUGCAUGAACUAAAUUUCAUAUAUCAUGGAUUUUAAUAUCAUUGUAUAAUCGCCAUUAUAAACAAAAUAGUAGCUUUUUUAUAUUUCAAGCAAAACAAUAUGUAUAAUGUACUAAAUAUAUUUAUUUUUAUUUUCUACAAUGUAGGGCUACUAUUGAAGUUAGUAGAGUGAAAAAGAAGGGAAAUAUUGAUACAGUGAGUAUAAGGAAUAGUAGAAUUAAUACAAUAAUAAAUUUUAAAUAAUAAUAAAAACAUUGUUUUCUAGUGGAUUUCAUUAGAACAAGCAAAACAUGGAAUGGUUCAUUUACGAUUAACAUGGCUUCAACUAUCAAAAAAUGUUUCUGAUUUGCAAGCUGUAUGUAUUUUUAACAGAAUUAAUUUAUCUAGUACAUAUAAUGUAAUUUUAUGAAUAUAUGCAGGCAUUAGUGGAAACUCAAGAACUUAGAAUAACAUCAAUGAGUACAGCCCUACUUAUACUUUAUGUUGAUUCAGCAAAAAAUUUAUCAGUAAGCAUAAUUCAUUGAUUUAUAAUAAUAGAUUUUAAUUAAGAAAAGUGAAUAAAAAUUAUUUAAUUACAGUGUGUUCGAGGAAAUAAACAGCCUGAUGUUUAUCUUGAGGCAAGUGUUGGUGGAAAUACAAGAAGAACAUCUACUAUAUUACGUUCUUGUGAUCCAGUAUGGGAACAAGGUUUCACUUUUUUAGUCAGCAACCCAGAAACUGGUGUUUUACAUAUAAAGAUCACAGAUGAAAAGACUGGUGUCAUAAUAGGAGAAAUGAGUUACAAUAUCUCUUUACUUUUAAAACAGAACAAUCUUGAAAUUACACAACAACCUUAUGAUUUGCAAAUGGCCGAAGUUGAUAGCAAAUUAAUAUUAUCUAUAUCAUUAAGCAUUUUAAAAUAUGAAAAUCCUGAGCCUACUUCAGAAGAAGAUGAUGACGAUCAUGAUAUUAAUCAAUUGAAUAAAAGAAUCGAACGUCAAGAAUCAAAUAUUAGCACAACGUCAAAUAGUCUUCCGUCUACUCCACUAAAAAGACAACCCUCAAAGGAGUCAGUUAAUAGCUUAACGCGAAGUACUGGAUCUGCUGCAGUAAUUGUACCUGAAGAACCAGGUACAGCAGAAGAGGAAUUAAUUGUUAUUACUACUGCUCCAUCUUCUAUUACUGCUGGAAAUCAACAGUUGAUUCAUAGGAAUCCAAAUAUGACAUCAUCCGCGGGUGAAGCUAAGCUAGGUCGAAUACAAUUGUCUAUACGUUACAGCAUACAAAGACAGAAGCUUAUAAUCGUUGUACACAAAAUAGCUAACUUACCUCUGCCACAAAAUGAUCCGCAUAAUAUACCAGAUCCAUACGUAAAAUUAUAUCUUCUACCUGACCGUCAUAAGGAAACCAAACGUAAAACAGCAGUAAUGAAGGAUAAUUGCAAUCCAGUAUUCGACGAACAAUUUGAGUAUGUUGUAUCUCAAGCUGAUUUAAACAGUCGUACAUUGGAAGUGUCUGUAUGUACUCAAAAAGGUUGGUUAUCGACUGGGAGCAAUGUCAUGGGCCAAGUUUAUUUAAAUUUGAGUGAAAUUGAUGUUACAAAAUCAUCCACGAGCUGGUAUGAUUUACAACCAGAGACUAAAGACUAGAAGUUCAAGAAAAGCAAGUGGAGAUUUGGGCAGUUGUUUAUAUGUUUUCAAAGACAAUCUGUUGAAUUUCCACGAUGCGAGUUUUCGAAACGCUGAUGUUUACAAUCAUGUGAUUAAAUCAAAUUCUACGUACUAAAAAAAUUUAAAGAAAAAAGAAUUUAAACAUUAUGAAAGUUUUGGAAAGAUAUCACUGAGUAUGUUUAUUAUCUAUUUAUACUUGCGGACCGUCCACUGUCGUAAAACAUGUUUAGUUUCAUAGUUACUGCGCGUGAAUGCGCGUUCUAUGUUACUUUUAUUUUGUAUUAUCUACACUUGUAGAAUAUUUUUGUCAAUAGCAAGUGCCAUUAAUAAAAUAAUUAAUUGUUGCUAUUUCUAUAAUAUACACGAUAAUAAUUCUACGCAUAAUAUUACACUAUGUGUAUAAUAUGGCAUUCGUUAUUCAUGAAAAACGAUUUAAUAUUUUACGCAAAUGUUUAUUAAUAAUGUUUUGAAUAUGUUUUGAAUUACAAUCACUAGAUGCUUGAUUUUGCUUUUAUUAUGUGUGUAAUUUUUUAUCGAAUUUAUUGUUUUCUGUACUAUUGUGAUUUAUUAUUGAUAUGCAUUUAUAAUAAUUUUUUAUUUGUAUAGUUUAAAAGUGGCACUUAAAUAGCAUUACAACUCGCACAUCAUACUACUAAGUGAUAGAUUACUAAUAAAGCAGUAUCGUUCAAAAUAAUUCAUCGUUAGCAUAAAUUAUUGAAUCAAAUAUAUAAUAUAUACGUGUUAUAUUUAUACCAGAGUUUUUGCUAUAUUGUAUAUUGCUACAUAUUAUAUAAACUUAUGUUUUUUGCGUGUACUGGGAUAAAAUUUUACCAGUAUAAUAUUGCAAAUUGUUGAUAAUAAUAAAAUAUAUACAUUGAAGCUGCA